AUGUAUUUAGACUGUGUCCUCUACACAAUUUUCCCGAAGAACUCAGAGAUCAUUCUCAUAUCGGUGGAUGACGAGCAGACACUCUUACUCGCCCAACGAGUCUGUCGACGCUGGGCUCGGUGCAUCCAAGCCUCCCGGGCACUCCAGCAAGCCCUAUUCUACCAGCCUACACAAUCCGCCCUCCCAAAUACGACCAUCCCACAACCGAAUGCUUUACUAGCAGCAACGUUUCCCUAUCGGUUCCCCAAUGACGACCAGAAAUCCCGCAAUAUCUCAUUUAGGGCUGGGGGUAUACAAGAGUUUCUAGACAAACACGCCGCAUGGCUCCAUCCAAGCACAAGUUGGCGCCGAAUGCUGGUCCAACAACCCCCCCGCAAUUGGGAACCUUCAUUUGAAGAGUAUGGUAGGCUUCGUAUGAACAUGAUUUACGAUCUAGUGGUCAAGUCAUUCGAUGGCGCGGCAGCGUUCUUUUAUUGGAGGAUGCAUUGCAGCUAUCCUGGCCUGGAAAGCCCUUCUAUCAGGGGUGAUCCGGAUAUCUAG